AUGGUCGGCGUCAAAAAAUUCUCGGCAAUCGCUGCCGUCUCUGCCAUCGCAGUGACUGGUGCAGCUGCAUCCCUCCAGCCUUCCGAAGCCUCUUAUUCACAGCACUUCCGAUCUCAUCGCCGACACCUUCAAAAUCAGCAGCAGCCAUCUCUGAUCAAGAUUCAGAAACGACUUGGCUUCACCGUCCCUGAUGGUCUCGGAGGCAUCAUCAAUGGUAUUGGCAAAGACCUCGGCCUGAAUGGCGGACAGCCUUCGAGCUCGGCCAACUCGCCACCUCCCGCAAGCACCUCGCGGCCAGUAAGCAACAACAAUAACGGCGAUGCAUCCAGCAACAAUCCUGCGCCAACAACCUCGUCAAGCCCUGCACCGGAAAGCACCAACAAUAACAACAACAGUAGCAACAGUAGCAACAACAACAACAACAACAACAACAACAACGACAACAACAGCAAUAACAACAGCGCUGGCAACACAAACAACAAUCAGAACCGUCCAGCGACAAGUUCGUCUAGUUCCAGCAGCAGCAACAGCAACAGCAACACCAGCGGCGGUAGCCGUGGCUCCGAAGCCAACCAGAGCAAUGGAAGCAACCGCGGGUCGGGCAACACGAACUCACAACCACAAGCAACAGCUGCCAGUGUUAGCUCUGCUGCUGCACCGACGAGCGUCAACUCGGCGAUAGCAGCUGCUUCAGCCGCUUCCGCUAGUCUUCUCUCUGCUGCAUCACUGUCGCAAGCCAGCGCAGAAGCAGCUGUUAGUGCAGCUGCAGCCACUCUGGACGGAGGUGUCGCGUCGGGUGCUGCCAACGCAGCUGCUACCGGUGCCAAUCGUGCCAACAGCAGCGGCUCCUCCUCUGGCAGCGAUGGUACCACCAAGGUCGUUGUCCCAAUCAUUGUCAUCGCUGCAUCCGUCGCUUUGAUUGCUGUAGCAUGGACCGUGAUUCGCCGCAUCAAGAAACGCAAGGACGAGCAGUACGACCCUCGCAUGCAACCCAUCGAAAGCUCCUACCACCAUCGCAGCAUGAUGGACCCAUCCCUUGCCGCUGGGGGAGCUGCUUUCGCUGUCGGUGGAGCCGCUGCUGGUCUUGUUCGCGAUCGUCCUCGUCGUGACAGCUACGAAUUGUUCGAAGCUGGUCGACCGAUGAGCUCGCUCACUGAAGAAGAGGACGAGCUCUCAGGCAACCCACCUCUCAUGCAAGAAGUUGCUCCUUACGCUGCUGUCGGUUCUGCGUACGCUCCUGCUUCAAGUCUUCUUCGCAAUUACGGCUCCGACCGCGGUGGCAACGCCAACGGCGCUGAGGACUUCCCUGCAGCCCACCGAGUGACAGACAGCAUGUACAUCGACGAUUACGCCGGCGACGAACACGAUGCCUACGACGUCAACUACUACGACGGAUCCUCAAACGUUGGCUACAACAAUAAGGCGACUCGCGGACUCGACGCUGCAGGUGUAUCCAGUAACGCUGGUCGACCUUACUCGCCUUACGCAGAUGUUCAGCGUGGCGAGGCAGGUGACGAGUAUUACGAUUACGACCGAGCGUUUUCUUCUCGUCGUGAUCCUUUUGCCGAUUCCGAACGUUGGUCUGGUUAA